CCAUCGUAGCAAAAGACGUUUUCUCAAAUAUAGAUUGUGUUUAUGGCUUCCACACCGGGAAUCCUCACGGACUGGCCAUGGAAGCCUCUCGGAAACUAUAAGUACAUGGUAGUAGCUCCUUUUGUUAUUCAUAGCUGGUACUCAAUGUUGGUGAAGGAUGAAAGUGAAAGGGACAUAACCAACUUUCUCAUACUACCAUUUUUGUUGUCGCGUAUGCUUCAUAAUCAAAUAUGGAUCUCUGUCUCUCGCUACCAAACAGCCAAAGGCAAUGCUAGAAUUGUUGACAAAGGAAUUGAGUUUGAUCAAGUUGACAGAGAAAGAAAUUGGGAUGACCAAAUAUUAUUCAAUGGGUUAUUAUACUACAUGGCAAACUAUAUAUUUCCAGGGGCAUCACGUCUUCCAUUAUGGAGAACAGAUGGAAUGAUUAUGACAAUACUACUUCAUAUGGGACCAGUGGAAUUUCUGUAUUACUGGUUACAUAGGGCACUUCAUCACCACUUCCUAUACUCUCGAUAUCAUUCUCAUCACCAUUCUUCAAUUGUCACAGAACCCAUUACUUCUGUCACCCAUCCAUUUGCUGAGCACAUAUUAUAUUUUCUUCUUUUUGCAAUUGCUUUGUUAAUCCCUGUCUUUACAAAAACGACCUCUAUGUUGGCCGUGUUUGGAUAUGUGACAUACAUUGAUUUUAUGAACAAUAUGGGUCAUUGCAAUUUUGAGAUUGUUCCAACGUGGCUCUUUCGCAUAUUUCCUCCUCUCAAGUACCUCAUCUACACCCCAUCGUUUCACUCUUUGCAUCAUACACAAUUCAGGACAAAUUACUCUUUGUUUAUGCCAUUUUAUGACUACAUUUAUGGCACCAAAGACAAGACCUCAGAUCAGUUACAUUAUUCAACAAGAAAACGACAAGAAGAAAUACCAGAUGUUGUGCAUCUAACACACUUAACUACUCCUAAAUCCAUAUAUCAUCUCAGAUUUGGAUUUUCUUACCUAGCCUCCAAGCCAUACACAACAAAAUGGUACCUUUGUUUGAUGUGGCCUGUGACAGCUUGGUCUAUGAUUCUUACAAGGGCUUAUGGUCGUACAUUCAUUGUGGAGCGAAAUAAUUUUGAUAAACUCAAGUUACAAACUUGGGCAAUACCCAAAUAUAAAUUCCAAUACAUUUCACAAUUGCAAAAAAUGACCAUCAACAAAAUGAUAGAGGAAGCAAUACUAGAUGCAGAUAGAAAAGGCAUAAAAGUGUUGAGCCUAGGCCUUAUGAAUCAAGGAGAGGAGCUUAACAUCUAUGGAGGGCUAUAUGUUAGUAGGCAUCCAAAGCUAAAAGUUAAGGUUGUAGAUGGAAGCAACCUUGCUGUUGGUAUUGUUCUUAACAACAUUCCUAAAGGAACAACUCAAGUAUUACUUAGGGGAAAACUCACUAAGGUUACUUAUGCUCUUGCCUACACAUUGUGUCAACAAGGCAUUAAGGUUGCUACAAUGCACAAGGAUAAUUAUGGGAGACUUCAAAGUUCAUCCAAUAACUUUGAAACUAAUUUGAUCAUUGCAAAAAGCUACACCCAAAUGACUUGGUUAGUUGGAGAUGAAUUAACCGAAGAGGAACAAUUGAAGGCACCCAAAGGAACAUUAUUUAUUCCAUACUCACAGUUUCAACCAAAGAAAUAUCGCAAAGAUUGUUCUUAUCAUUGGACUCCAGCAAUGUUAAUUCCUAAAUCUGUUGAAAAUGUUCAUUCUUGUGAGAAUUGGUUGCCAAGGAGGGUAAUGAGUGCAUCACGCAUAGCUGGAAUAUUGCACUCUUUAGAAAGCUGGAAUGAACAUGAAUGCAACUACACAAUGCAUAGUAUAGAAAAAGUUUGGGAUUCAGCUCUUCAACAUGGAUUUCGACCUUUAACUAUGCCAAUUCAAGAGUUAAUUCAUUGUUAAUAAACUUAAAUAAUUAAUUUCUUUUCCUACCUUAUUAGAGCUCUUCGAAAGGUAUUAACAUUUCCUUACAAAGAUUAUCAUAUAUGUUAAAAUAAGUUUUAGUAUUUUAUUCAAACAUAUUGAUGGAGGACCAUCCUUGUAGCUUCAUGUGGGACCCAUCACACUAGGUGGGUAGGAGAAUAGAAGAAGAGGAAGGAGCUCACACAUCUAGAGAUACUCUCCUCAUGGUCAGGGUAUUAAUUACUCUCCUAAGCCUCAUUAGUAUAGGAUUUAUUUUCUUUUAUUUCAUGAGUUUUAUUUCUCAUUUUACCCUUGUAUUUUGGGGUACUUAAAAUGUAGGAUUUAUUUUGCUUUGUAUUUCCUAUUUUGCCUUUGUAUUUUGGGGUACUUAGAAUUUAGGGCUUAAAUUCCUAGAGGUAUGGUGAAUGGUCGUGAACAUUAUGGGAUCUAUUGGGCUAAGUAGAGCAUUUGCCCAAGUGGAAGGGCACCUAAGUUGCAUACUCCCAUUAUGCACCUAGUUGUAGCUUAACUUAACCCAAAAAGAUGUCAUCUUGGCCUAGGCAUGUGCGACACUUUUAGGGUUACAUGUAAGUCUCAUUUAGAGUGCAUUUCCUUCUCAUUUUGAGGUGGGAAUGAGCACUCCAUGAUGACCUAGCCGUCACACAUCCCUAGGGUUAUGACCUCACCCAUCACUUAUAAAUAUCUUAGGGAGCACCUCAUGUAAACACUUUGAAAAUCAAUAUAGAGUGAGCUUUUGAGCCUUUA